GGCAAGAAAAUUUAGAGUAUUCGUUUAUGCUGUGGAUGCGUUAUUACUUUUGAAUACGAGUACAUAUUUCAACCUUAUCUCUGUAGAUUUCUAAAACGAAAAACGUUAUUACUUGCUUCGUGUCGCUACGUUAAGAAGUCAAGGUCGUCGUCGAUCACCCGCGCGGGAACUAACAAUCCCCUAACCUAGGAACCUCAAGUGCGCAUGCGGAGAAGCCAGGGUAAAAUAAGCGCCUAGGCCAAGAUCUAUUGAUCAUUACAACGCCGUAAGAAGAGUCAAAUAAGUUUUAGUCCGCCCACGAUUUGACUGCCAUCAUGGUAGAAAAGGAGAAAGAAAGUGAUAGCGAUGUGGGUGUACUUAGCGGCGGUGAAGACUACUUUGAGGGAUCCGUCGACCGCACCGAAGAUGUUUCCGAUUCUCAGGGGACAUAUACGCCGGCGCCGAUUGGACCGCCCAAACCCGUCGAAGUUCCGGACGGCGGUCUCGACGCAUGGCUCCAAGUCUUCGGCGCCUUCGUCAUCAUGAUAACAACAUGGGGCCUCAUAAACUCCUUCGGAGUCUACCAAACCUACUACGAGACAGACCUCCUCAGAACCAACACCUCCUCCGACAUCUCCUGGAUCGGCUCCCUGCAAGGCGCCCUCCUCAUGAUCGGCGGCAUCAUCUCCGGCCCCUUCUUCGACGCCGGCCACUUCCACGCCCUCACCAUCUCCGGUCUCUUCCUCGUCAUCUUCGGGCUCUUCAUGACCAGCCUCUGCGCAACAUACUGGCAAGUCCUCCUCGCGCAAGGCAUCUGCGUCGGUCUAGGCUGCGGCCUGCUCUUCCUCCCCUCCGCCGCCAUCCUAAGCCAGUACUUCGCCCGCCGCCGCGCCCUCGCCCUCGGCGUCCAGAGUACCGGCUCCCCCAUCGGCGGCAUCAUCUUCCCCAUCAUCUUCAGCCACCUGCAGCCCCGCAUCGGCUUCGGCUGGGCUACCCGCGUCAUCGCGUUCAUCCUCCUCGCACUCGCCGUCGUGCCCCUUAUCUUCAUGCGUCCUCGCGUUCCGCCGCCGAGCCAUAAACGCGCUUUUAUCGAUCGCGAUGCGUUGAAAGAGGCCCCGUUUUUGGCGUUCGCGGCAUCGGGCGUCGGCGCGUUUUUGGGACUGUAUGUGCCGUUUUUUUAUAUCCAGUUGUAUAGUUUGAGGUUCGGGAUUGCGGACGAGCAGAUGAGCGCGUAUCUUGUUACGCUGCUGAACGCGGGGAGUGUUUUUGGUCGUAUCUUGCCGAAUUUUGUGGCGGAUUAUGCGGGGAGUAUGAAUAUGCUCGCUGCGACUACGCUCGGCGCGAGUAUUCUCGCGUUUGGGUGGUUCGGGGUUAAAGAUUUGGGUGGUACGGUUGUGUUUGCGGUGCUGUUCGGCUUUUUUAAUGGGGGUGUUACGAGCUUGCCUCCUAGUGCGAUCGUGAGCUUGACGCCGGAUAUGAGUCGGCUUGGGACGCGGAUGGGGAUGUUGUUUGCGGUUGUUGGGGUUGCUGUGUUGGUUGGGACGCCCAUUGCGGGUGCGAUUUUGAGGGAUCCGGAGGACGCGGGGAGGUGGAAGGGGUUGAUUGGGUUUGCGGCCGCGACGAUGUUUUAUGGUGGUGUCGGGUUUGGGGUCACGGAGCUGUUGCGUUUGAGAGAGAAGAGAAAGAAGGGGAAGGCGGAAGCGAAUUAGGGGCUGGGUGUGAGUGAAAGGGUUGCCCAGGUGGUGAUGUGGGAAGAUGAAGUGUGUUACGAUAUAAUGCUUUUGAUGGCAUGACUGCAUGGAAAGUUGAAUAGGUAGGUACCUAGUAGGUAUGGGAAAACAUGGAUACAAUACACAUAGAUUCAUGUAUAUGAACUGGAUAGUUGGUUAUUUACGCUUGCAUCUAGACGGAGGAUAAUUGAUUGACAACGAAACUG